CUUGAGAAAGUUAAAUUCCCCAAAAUAUCAGUAAUCUCUCAUUCUACAUAAUCUUUAAACUCCUUUAACAUGUAAUGGGACCAUUUCUUCCUUCUCCAUGCACAUUAACUGCUGUACUUGGAAAGACUUACAGAGUGUGUUGUCCCUAAUGCCGUAUUAUUUGAGUCAUGUUUUGUAUAAACUGAUUACUGCUUACACAUGCACGAUUCAGUCACUUGAUUAGAACGGCCUGACAGAGAUCCUUGCUCUGCAAACCGACUAGAAACGGCUUUUGUGCUUCCAUCAGUACAAAUUUGCCCUUUUGUAGGACAGUGUCAGUUUUUAGCUGUGUGUGUGUGCAGUUUUGAGUGGAAAUCAGGCCGAGAUAAGGUCAGGCGCUGGAUGGGGGAGAAGAGGGCGAGUUGAGUGUUUUCCGCUGAUGUGUGCGGAGAUGAAGCGUAUAUAUAUUCAGAGAGGUGAUGGUCAGAGUGGAGGCACAGGGUUCUUGAUACCAGCUGAAACACACCACUCAGGAUCUCAAAUACUAAAGGUCCCUACACAAACCAUCAUGGAAGCUGCCAUCUGCACCUUUGUCUCCCAGUUCAAGGCGUACGCUGGGAAAGAUGGAGCCUCCAGCACUCUGAGCAGAGAGGAGUUCCACAACCUGGUGACCGCUCAGCUGCCCAACUAUGUCAAGAACGCCAGCGACCCCGGGGCCAUCGAUCAGCUCAUGGGCUCGCUGGAUGAGAACAACGACGGGGAGCUGACUUUCCUCGAGUUCUGGCAGCUGAUUGGAACACUGGCAAACAAGCAAGGAGGCUUCACCGAGUAGAGCUCGCCGUCUUCUGUCAAGAUUGUGCACCACCAAUCAACGCGAUUGAAGUCGUCCCACUGUAAACUCAGAGGCAUUUCUUUUAUCACUCCACCAGUGCCACAUGUGUAACUCUUUAGUUAAACAUUUGUUGAAUGCAGGGGACUUUGAAUUAAAGGCUUCAUUGUCCUGAGCCCUCAGCCACCAACA